UUACAAUAUUUCCGGUCCCUUAGGUUUAAAAAGCUUUCUGCAACAGCGUUAGCUUGAGUAAGUUUAUUAGUUCGUACAUAUUGUAAAAGUGUCGAGUUGCAUAGGCUACCACCCAAGAGAGCAAGUACCCUGCACGGAAAUCUCUUGCUAUUUCUCCUUCGCCAUGUGAUUGUCUUGCAGAAUUGCUGUGACACCCCAUGGGAUGGAUCACGGCAGAGACCAUUGUAAAUACUGCCAGAAAGUGACUGAGGUUGUAGAAGACCGAACUGGAGGUUGUUACGUGUGCUCGGAGUGCGGUUUUGAACUUGAGCCCUAUUUAGAUUAUCACUCAGAAUGGAGAACUUUUAGUGGAGAUGUCGAACAAAAAGAUAGGUCCCGAGGAGGGCAAAUUACAGAUGACUAUAUUUCUGGAAAAGCCAAUCUUUCUUUUGUUGUAGUUGCAAGUAACGAUAAACACAAAGAUUUGAUUAGAACCCAUAAUCGUUCCUCCCAAUUUACAGAUAACGACCGCAUCCUACUUAAAGGCGUGAGUGAAAUAAAUAUUAUUAGUGGCCGCAUGAAUUUAACGGCGCGCGUCGUGGAGAAAGCAAAGUCAUAUUUUAAAGCAGCGUCCGCACAUGUUCAAAACCAAAAACUUCUUACAAUCGCUGCUUUAGCAGCAGCAGCAGUACUUCAAGCUUGCCGAGAUGAUAACAAAGCAUUUUCUUUGAAAGAAGUUUGCAGAAUAGCGGGAGUGAGGGAAAAAGAUAUCGGCAAGAGCUUAAAGAUCCUCAAAAGUUCGAAAAAGAAGAAUGAAAAGACUGCGGUGGCAGCCUUAACUGUGGGAGACUAUACGGCUAGAUUUUGUUCAGAGUUGGAUCUGUCGCAGCACACAAACCGUUUUGCUCAAGCUAUAGCCGAACACGCAACUAAAAGAGGAUAUUGUGGAGGAAAAGCGCCAACAUCUAUCGUCGCCGCCGCGAUUUAUUUUGCAUCUCAGUUGAGCGCUACGCCAAAAACGCAGAAAGAAAUUGCUGCUGUUGUUGGAGUUUCUGAGCCCACUAUAAAACUUGCUUUUAAGCCACUUUACGAAAAUAGACACGAUUUUCCUUGCCAAGAAUUUUUACAAGGACAAGACAUCGAUCAGUUGCCUUGUAUCUAAUAGUAUUUCCUUGCGGA